AAGCGCGCGCCUGCCUAUGGCGGCGUGGUGGUGCUGGCCGCUGCCGGCGUGGCUGGGCUCCAGCGCGGCGUGGUUCGUGCUCCUGAACGUCGUCGUGGGCGCCAUCUUCGCCCUGUCGUCGCGGCCGCAGCCGCCGUCUCCGUCGUCUUCGGCGUCACCACGCCGCCGCGGGGUCACGCGCAGGGCCUCCCCGGUGCUGCUGCAGCGGAUCCGGUCCUUCUCCACCUUCUCCUUCCCGUCCUAUAAUUCCCAGGAAACAGAGGAGAUCACGACGCCGAGGAGGCGGCCGCCGUCGACCCCGCGUGCUGCUGUUGCCGUUGCAUCUGCAGCGGCACCGGCCGCGGCGGCGGAAGGGGAUGACAUUGACGAGGACGAGGGAGACGCGAACGCGAACGCGAUGAGCAUGGACGAGGUGUACGCGCUGGUCCUGGCGGCGGGACGGCCACAGGCGCCGACGGAGGACGAAACGGCCAGGUACGAGGUGGACGCCAAGGCGGAGGAGUUCAAGGAGGACCUGAGGCAGCAGCGCCUCCGCUCCAUCUUCAACUACACCCAGAUGCUCAAACAGCGCGCGGCGGCCGCUGCCCGUCGCGCGCCCGUAACCGCCGCGCCACCAGAUACCACCAAUCAUUGAUCGUUCAACUCAAGCUGAGACUAGCCCGGAGACGAAUUCAGGCUCGAGUUGUUGCCCAUGUCAUGCAUGCGUGGCAGCGGGAUCGCCGCCGGCAGCCGGAUCCAGCUUGGAUCCACGUGUUCAUUGCUUAUCUGUUUCAAGGGAGACCAGUUCAGUUUUGAGUUGCCUUCGUCUCCUGUGUAUAUACGGAAUCGGUAGAAUGUGUAGAUGUUGCAUGAUGUAUUCUUUAAUUUUGUUGUCAUUAAGUACGGAGUAGUGUACAUUCUUUCAUUUGUAACUUCAAUCACGUGUGUUUCUUAUACGAGAAGGAUCGAGUUUGGUCAAA